UGGAAAACCCCGUCAUGGAGUGGGAAGAGUGGUGCAUACAGUACCAACAUACAACCCUCACUGAGCGCACAAAGCACGAAGUCGGGUGAGCCCUCGCAGUUUAGAGUAACAACCUCAAACAGGCUACUGAAAUCAGAAAAGUUACUAAACUGAAGUUGAACGUUUGGAUUUCGGACUCUGCCAUAUCACUCAUACGAAAGAAAACUAUGCCAAAGUGGAAAUAAUAUUUGAUCACRGAUGAAUUCUGCUAAAACUUCAGCGUUUAGUCUUGGAUUUACGAAGCUCACUCGGAUCCGAGAAGCCCAGUUAUGUGAACGAUCUCGUAGGCAACCAGCAUAAUGUGACCGGGAGGUUUGAUAUGAGCUAUCAAUAAAUUAUUGUAUUUGUGUAGAGAAAUACCAAUCGUCCCGCACGGAGUUAUUCGGUGACUGGCUCUCACCAUAGGCUACCCCAGCCCAGCGGACAGGCACAGAGAAGAGAGAGCAAGACGGCGUGAUAGGCUGUUUCAACAGAAGAAGGAAACAGAACAUCUAUGAAAACAGAACAGAACAUCUAUGAAAAUACUAAUUUAGAUUGAAUACAAUUCGUUUCCGUCCUCUGCUGCUUUGGAAUGAUGCCUGCGCGUUCUGUGGGUAUUUACUUUCUACUCGGAUUUAUUCACAUUUGUUCAGGAUCUCGUCUGCGUCAGGAUGACUCCCCUCCACGGAUCGUGGAGCACCCCUCUGACCUCAUCGUGUCCAAGGGGGAGCCGGCCACCCUCAACUGCAAGGCAGAGGGGCGUCCCACCCCCACGGUGGAGUGGUACAAGGACGGGGAGCGGGGGGAGCGGGUGGAGACAGACCGGGACAACCCCCGUUCCCACCGCAUGCUGCUGCCCAGCGGCUCCCUCUUCUUCCUGCGCAUCGUCCACGGCCGACGCAGCAAGCCAGACGACGGCAGCUACGUGUGUGUGGCCCGUAACUACCUGGGCCAGGCCGUUAGCCACAACGCCUCACUGGAAGUAGCCAUACUGCGUGAUGACUUUAGACAGAACCCAGCGGAUGUGAUGGUGGCGGCGGGGGAACCUGCCGUACUGGAGUGCCAACCCCCCCGUGGGCAUCCUGAGCCCUAUGGGUGGACCUCCAGGGCAACGGAAAUCUAUGUGAAUGUGACUGAUCACUACACCACAGAGGAGUGGGAGAUGCGAAGUCCGGUGCUACAGACACGCCCCCUCUAUGAGAGUCACACAGGCACAAAUCUGGCGCAGGUAUCUAGUUACAGAUAUGACCUUAUAACUUGUAUUUUUCUUCCCUCCAUCUUUCAGAUCCGCAGUGGGAAGCUGAUGAUCACCAACGCCAGGAAGAGUGACGCAGGGAAAUACAUUUGUGUGGGGACCAAUAUGGUGGGAGAGAGGGAGAGCGAGAUUGCAGAAUUGACUGUUCUAGAGCGCCCAGGGUUUGUGAAGAGGCCAAGUAGUGUUAUGGUUCUGGCAGAUGAGAGUGUGGAGUUCCACUGUGAGGCGCAGGGAGAUCCGGUCCCCACUGUCCGCUGGAGGAAAGAGGAUGCAGACCUACCCAAGGGGAGGUAUGAGAUCCUAGAGGACCACACCCUGAGCGUACGAGAUGUAAGACUGUCAGACGAGGGCUCCUACACAUGUGUUGUGGAGAACAUGGUGGGAAAGGCUGAGGCAUCCGCUACACUGACCGUACACGUCUUCACUGUGCCCCCAGCGUUUGCCAUGCGUCCCAGAAACCAGGUGGUGGCGGUGGGGAGAACGGUCACCUUCCAGUGUGAGGCCACUGGCAACCCCCAGCCUGCUAUCUUCUGGCAGAGGGAGGGCAGCAAUAGCCUGCUAUUCUCCUACCAGCCCCCCCAGCCCUUCAGCCGUCUCUCUGUGUCCCAGACUGGCAGUCUGACCAUCGCAGAUGCCCAGCGCUCUGACGCCGGGUACUACAGCUGUCAGGCCCUCAACAUUGCUGGCUCCGUCAUCACCAAGGCCCUGCUGGAGGUCACUGACAUGGUGUCGGACCGCCCCCCUCCCGUGAUCCGACAGGGCCCGUCCAAUCAUACGGUACCUGUGGACAGCACAGUGGUCCUGGGUUGCCAAGCAACAGGGACCCCCACACCAACAGUUCACUGGAAGAAAGAUGGGGUGAUGGUGUCCCCCGAGGAGGCCCGCAUCACCCAGAUAGACACAGGAGCCCUGCAGAUCCGCUACGCUAAGCUUGGAGAUACAGGCGUCUAUACAUGCGUGGCGUCCAGCCCCAGUGGAGAGGCAUCCUGGAGGGCUUACCUGGAGGUGGAAGAGUUCGGAGUAGUAGUCCAGCCAGGUCRACCCACAGACCCUAACCUGAUCCCCAGCGGCCCGUCCAAGCCUGACGUGACUGACGUGAGCCGCACCUCAGUCACUCUGUCCUGGAAAUCCAACCCAAACGCUGGGGCCACGCCCACCUCCUAUGUCAUCGAGGCAUUCAGGUGGAGCAGCAGUCUCCAUACAUCCAGGGUUACAAGGUGAUGUACAGGGCGUCUGCGGAGCUGGGCCAGCCGGGGGGGCAGUGGGGCGUGUUCGAGGUGCGGAACCCUGGGGAGGACGGUGCUGUGGUGCCUCAGCUGAAGAAGGGAGUUACCUACGAGUUCAAAGUGCGUCCCUUCUUUGAUGAGUUCCAGGGAGCGGACAGCGAGGUGAAGGUGGCCAGAACGCCUGAGGAAGCUCCCAGUGGAGCUCCCCGAGGUGUUACCGUGACGAAGAGUGAUGCCAAUGGGACCGCCAUCCUGGUCGCUUGGCAACCGCCUCCUGAGGAGGAACAGAACGGAAUGGUACAGGAGUACAAGAUCUGGUGCCUGGGCAAUGAGAGCCGUUACCACGUCAACCGGACAGUAGAUGGCUCCACCUUCUCCGUGCUAAUCCCCAGCCUGGUGCCAGGGAUACGCUACAGUGUGGAGGUCGCCGCUAGCAACGGUGCUGGCCCAGGGGUCAAGAGCGAUGUCACCUUCUUUCAACUUGACUCUACAGGUCAGAUGAUGGACAGUCGUGAGGACCAGGACACAUUGUCUCAGAUCUCAGACGUGGUCAAACAGCCGGCGUUCAUUGCGGGYAUCGGUGCUACCUGCUGGGUGGUCCUCAUGGUGUUCAGUGUGUGGCUCUACCGCCACCACAAGAAGAGGAGUGGCCUCAGCAGCAGCUACGCCGGCAUACGCAAAGUUCCAUCUUUCACCUUCACCCCUACAGUGAACUAUCAGAGAGGAGGAGAGUCUGUCUGCAGUGCUGGGAGACCCGGGCUGCUGAACAUGGGCGAGAGUGUGAACCAGCCGUGGCUGCCAGACUCCUGGCCCAACGCCUGUGCCAACCACAAAGACUGCAGCAUCAACUGCUGCAACACUGGAAACGGCACCAGCGACAGCAACAUGACCACCUACAGCCGCCCAGCUGACUGCAUCGCCAACUAUGGCAGCCAGUUGGAGAACCAGCAGGGGGGUCUACUGGGGCCUGAACAGGCCGUGUACAGCGACGUGGACCUCUCCAACAAACUCAACGAGCUCAAGACCUUCAACAACCCCAGCCUGUGCUACAUGGGCCCAGGGGCAGGGCCRCCCACCCCCUACGAGCCCACCCCCUACGCCACCACCCAGCUCAUCCAGUCUAGCAUCCUAAACMAGGCUGGAGCUGCAGGGGCUGCGGCUGGGGCCCCUGAUAUACGCUGUUGGAACCAGCCCCCCUCCCAGCUGCAGAAAGCACAUAUGCAGUACAACAUCAUGGAGCAGAGCAACAGGCUCAAUAAAGACCACUAUAGAGGAGAUGGGCCUCUGCAAGGCACCGUCCCGUACAACCAGGCCCACGAACACCACACAGGAGGCUCCCAUCACAGCUCUGACAGGGGCAGCAACAGCACCUUUGGGAGCCAAAGUCAUAAGAAGGGAAUUCGCACCCCCAAACUGCCCAAAACUAACACAGUGAACCGGGGUGAACCUCUACACCCUUCCCCUGCCAAGCCCCCACCAAGCCAAAGCUGUGACGAAUAUACCCUGCCCAUGGAAAAAAGCUUUAACCCAGAUGCCCUAUGCCCAAUGCUUCCCUCGCGGAUGUACCUGCAUCCGGAUGAGAUGGAGGAAGAGGAGGCGGAGGAGGGGAUGGAUAGGUGUCCCACCCCCCCUGUCAGAGGGGCAGCMUCAUCCCCUGAGGGUCUGUCCUACAGUCACCAGUCUACGGCAACUCUCACCCCCUCCCCCCAGGGAGACCAGCACAACGGCCUACACAAUGGAACAGACCACCACAGACAACACGUGGCCAGCCCCCCUCCUUCCCCGCUCCCCCUCUCCCCCCCACAUACCUACGGCUACAUCUCCAGCCCCCUGGCACUGGAUACUGACGGCCAGGAGGAAGAGGAGGAGGAGGAGGAUGAAGAAGAGGCAGGGGAUGAGACGGAUGCAGACAUGGCACAGAGUCACUACCACCAGCACCAAAAUAACCACCAGCCCCACCAGCAACUGCGCCACCACCAGCACCCCCGUUCCCCACGCAGGCUGCACCUCCGGGGGCUGGAGCAGACGCCGGCCUCCAGCACGGGGGACCUGGAGAGCUCCGUGACGGGCUCCAUGAUUAACGGCUGGGGCUCGGCCUCCGAGGAGGACAACGGCUCGUCAGGACGCUCCAGCGCAGUCAGCUCCUCAGACGGAUCCUUCUUCACAGACGCAGACUUCGCCCAGGCUGUGGCCAACACUGGAGACUACACAGCAGGCCUACGCAUGGCCAGGUUCCCAGAGGACACAGGACCAGCAGGGCGAAGGCACCAGCGUCCCAGCAGCCCACUGUCCACAGACAGCAACAUGAGCUCUGCAGUGAUGCAGAAGAGACCGCCCAAGAGGCACAAGCAGCACCAGGCCCAGGCUGGCCACCAAGGUCACCAGAAGAGGAACAACUUCACAGACGACUCAUGCAUGCCCUUGAAGUCCCCUAGUCACAUGUCGCGGUGUGGCUAUGAGGUGAGAGGUGCCACRCUCCCGAGGAUUGGCUCUGGGGAGGGUCGGGGCCGGAGAGGGAGUGCAGGAGGCCAGAGGACCAGAGAGGGCUCUGUAGAGAGACGGGAGGGCCAGGACAAGAACAGGACUCCACAGGGAGGCAAGGGGAGUAGCAAAGCCCAUCAGCCACCAGGUUCUGAGGACAUCCCCCCGUACAGCAGGCCCUCCUUCCCCUCGGUGCAGGGCCAGAGCCAGGCUCAGAGCUCCUCCAGCUCCAUGUCCUCCCGGGGCUCAGGAGGACGGAGGAGAGAUGGGGCCCGCAGGAACCCCACAGACACACUGCCCAGCAUCACAGGCUUCCAGACCCAGGAAGAGGAGCUAGAGCUUCUGGAGAGCUGAGGAUCAUGGGAGAAGAAAAGGAAAGGGGAUCUGACAUCACAAUUCAGUGACUAUUAUGUAAAUUACUUUUCAUAUCAUACAGAACAAAAAAAACGGAACAAUAUUGAAUAUUUGUUUUUCUUAUUACAAUUUCUCAUUCGAUGUCCAUCUUCCAGGAAAAAAGAAAGUGAGAAAAAAGGUGCAAUCGCGUUUGAGUGUGUUAACUCACUGGUAUGAAGCACCAUUAGAUCAUUGUUUACUUGACUUGUUGGUAGAGAACUGGCUUCCAUUCGCCUCGAUGAAAGUAGUCACAGCCUCAAUGAAAGUACAUGCACAUUAGAUGGCUGUUGUCAGUGUAUACAGGUACCUUGUCUUGGACCACCUGAUGUGGUACAUGUCUGUUGCCCCUGUAAUUAAUAUUUGGACAUCACUAUCCAUCUUGUAAAUUGUUUGUUAAUUUUACUGCCACAAAAAUUGCUACAAUGGGAAUUUUACAUUUGUUUUUAAUGUAUUUUUGUAAUGCACUGUUAUUGUUUUGUUAUUGAUGUUGGUCUUGUCAAUGUGCAUUAUUUGUUCUACUUUGGUUUCAAAAGCACAAUCACUUAACUUUAUUUUAAACUAUUGUUAUCUAUGACCUUCCGUCAUACAAGAGGAACAAUGAUACAAAUGAUCUUGUUAAUCGUUGUCUAUAUACACGAUUGGACCAGUGUUAUGUGUCUUAAUAUUCUGUUUCUGUUAGGGGUUGGGAUGGAAACUUAACUCCCCUGUCUAGUUUAGGUUUAAUUCAAACCACUGUGUUCAUUUGGACUCAAGGGGACACUGCCCAAAGCAGUGUCCCCUUGAGAUUUAUUAUGACACAAACUACUGUGUUAAUCGGACUAUACUCUCAUGUCUAAAAUUGCACUUAUGAGGAAGUGAGAGAGACAGUAGACAAGCUGACGGAUACAUUGUACCAAUAGAGAAGGGUGAGGAAGCCCCAUUAGUAGGAGUCUCCCCAUCAGUAGGGAACGUUGAUGGAUACAUCCUGGAAAAUGGAUUUCUCCAUGCCUGAUGAUGGAUAGCGUUUUCUCCAUGAGCAACCAGUACACAGUGACACAUCCACCAUUGUUUCCCAGCAAGACAGAGGGCAGAGGAAAGUGACAUUAAUACUUACCCUAAAGAAGGACUCUAUUACAGAAAGAGGACAACAGGUGACAAAAGACUGGGACUUGAAAAUCAUGCUGCUUGGCGAUGGACCAGCAUGUUGGGUUUAGGUUCUUUAURGCUACAUCUAGGCCAAGCUUUGGGUACAUUUUUUGGUACAUCUACAAAAUGUGUAAAACAUUGUUCGCUGAGGACACCUGACAUUUGUUUGGAGUUUGACAUGUUUUAAAGAAUUGCAACUAUGUUCAUGAUGUCAGCCAUGUUAUGUCAUUACUGAGUAUGUUAUAAACGGGGAUGAAAAAAAAUAUUGUCAUUUUUACCACAUUAUUUAUUAUUAAAAUGUCUUCAAAUGACAGUG